AUGGAGGCACCAGACUGCGGCCUGGGAAAGGCGACAUUAGGUGAAGAUGGAAACGGAACUGUUGAAUUGCUUACUAUGCAACGAUCUUGUGAUAGGCAGCAUAAAUUGUUAAAUGUAAUGGAAGAAUGCAUCCGACAGCUCCACCAAAACGAUGCCCAACUCGAUAUCCUUGCCGAAACAGCCAAUUUUUUGAAGAAGCGCCACGAUGAAAUCAAGAAAAAUAUCACAAAAAUGAGUGAUAACGAAAGAGCCAUGGAACUAUUGCGUAGUGAAAUGGAAAAGGUGCAACGACAGGUCGGGAUUUGGUUGAGCGAGGUCAAGGAAGUCCGGCAAGCACGCAAUGAUAUCGAGAUCCGCAUCGAAGUCGCGCACGGGGAAGCAAAAAGAUGCCACAGGUGUGGCCGUCUAGCUGAUGCUCGCCUCGAAGAAAUGCAGCGUCGCCAUGAAAAGCUGUGGAAACACUUUAUCGACGAAUGGACCCUUGCAUUAGCU